AUGGACAAAACAACAAGAAUUAUAAGAAUUGAGGUGGAGGGUAUUCUUUCCUUGCUCAGUUUUGGUUUGCUAAUUUCUUGUGCGGCCUGUGAAAAUUUCCAUGAUCCGACUCUUAUUGGCAGUCUUCGUCGCGGCCUCGCAGAUAGUGCAGCCGGUGGUGAAGUUUUUGAUGUCACGAAAUUUGGUGCUGUACCUGGCGAAAAAAAUAAUGUACAGGCAUUUAUGAAGACAUGGGUAGCAGCAUGCAAAGAGUCGGCAGGGGCAGCGAGGAUUGUGAUACCAGCAGGGUCAUUUUUGGUAGGGCCGGUGGUGUUCCAAGGGCCAUGCAAAGCUUCGCCAAUUGUUGUUGAGGUCCAUGGAACUGUCAAAGCCACGACCGACGUUAGUGAGUACUCUUCUCCUGAAUGGUUCUCUUUUGAAGAAAUAGAAGGCUUGGUUAUCACUGGUUCCGGCACUUUCGAUGGCCAAGGGCCCAAGGUUUGGAAGCUCAACGAUUGUAAGACUAACCCUGAUUGCCAGCAUCUCGCAGCUUCAUUCAAAUUUAGCAAAGUGAAAAACGCAAUCGUUGAGGGAAUCACAUCUUUGGACAGCAAAUGGUUCCAUUUUUUUGUAUAUAGGAGCAGCAACUUCACUUUCAAAGAUGUGACAGUAACUGCUCCAGACGAUAGCCCAAACACAGAUGGCAUUCAUUUAAGUUCCGCAACUGGGGUCAAAAUUCUCCACACCAACAUCAAAACCGGCGAUGACUGCGUUGCCAUAGUGCAAGACACCCAUGACAUUCUUGUGGACAAUGUCACAUGUGGUCCUGGACAUGGAAUUAGUGUUGGGAGCCUUGGAAAAUGGCCAGAUGACAAAGGUUCUACGGGAGUUGUAGUGCAAAACUGCGUUAUAACAGGCGCAACGAAUGGGGCAAGAAUCAAGACUUGGGCUGGUCCUACCUCUGGUGCAGCGAGUAACAUCGUCUUUGAAAAUAUCGAAAUGAAAGAUGUGAAAAACCCCAUAAUCAUUGACCAGAACUACGGAAAAUACAAAGACCAACCAUCGAAGUGGAAGCUGAGUGACAUCCAUUUUAGGAAAAUAAAGGGAACUUCAGCAUCGAAGGUUUCUGUGUCCCUAGGUUGCAGUUCACUGAACCCAUGCGAGAAUAUUGAGAUGGCCGACAUUAAUUUGACCUUUGGUGGCGCUGAGUCUGAGUCUGUAUGUGCUAACGCAAAAGUUAAACAAGGUGGCGUCGUCAAACCGGUACCAUGCAGCGGUUCCGGGAAGAUAGACUCUGGUGAAUAG